CAGCGCUGGCUGGGCCAUUUGGCGGCUCGGUGGCGUUCACGCAGAGCUCGGCGGCGAAGAAGCGCGCGGUCGAGUUCAACUUCCGCGCGCGCCGGUUUGCGCGCGCUCUUAGGGAUUAGGUGGUCAUAGGGUCUGGAAGGGUGGGACGGCUGAGGGAGCCUAGAGUGGAGAUGCUGUGUAUGAGAUGAUGAUGGGGGGUUGGUGUUGGUGCUGUUGGAUUUUUGUUUGGCGCUUGGCGCUUGCCCGUCGUCUGCGGCGCGGAUUCGGGAUACACUCCUUAUAGAUGACGUUACGGAAUAGAUUUCUGUAUUACCAGAUUAGUACAUAGAUAUGAAUUUUUUAUUUUCUCCAGAAAUUAACAAUUUGUUGGGGGCCGCUGCAUGUUGAUCUACUUGGGGAUUCUUGCAUCGGGGGGGAAAGUAUACAAUUGGCGACUUGUCACAGCCAACCCAAGACGCCUUGCAUGAGCGUGACCGACAUUGGACCUCUUCUUCACCGAAAGUUUGAAAGGUUCAGCCUCUCUCUAGCCAACGCAAGCCUCGUGCCUCAGCCCCGGAUAGAGAAGCCACGUCAGUUGUGUGGAGUACUAAUGCAGUUGGAAGUCCCAAUUCGAGUUUAUGUCAAUCGAAUUAACUUUGGGGUUUGCUUCGGACUAGAUCCGCUUUGGUUGUGAAGUUGUUGGGAGUGUAGUCCAACUCGGUGGGCGGACGUCUCGCAUGACCAGGUGCAUUUGUUGGAGUCAUACUUGAAGGCCAGUCUGGGAGAGAUUUUCAUCGAACAACACGCCUUGGCUAAGGUGUAACCAUUUCCAUUAUUAACGAGGCUGCCUAUGAAAUAUCCGUGGGCCAGCUUCCACUCACAAUGCCUCCCGCGCUUGACGGCCUCCCCAACGAGAUCAUCUCCUCCAUCUUCGACCACCUCCAUGGUGACCAGGCGACCCUCGCAGCCCUAUGCCGUGUCUCGCGCUAUUUUGGCUCUGUUGCAACGCCCUCCCUCUACCGCAUUAUCCAGCAGCAUGAGGACGCGCCACACGACCCACGACGUACCCCGCUACUGUUGCGGACACUCCUACACAGCCCAGCGCUGGGGAGUCUGAUAAUCGAGGUGCAGCUCAAGUUACCAGGCCAAGAACGCGAGGAUGUCAGUUGCUUUUCUGAAGAAGAGUGGGUGCUGGUGAGGAGUCUGGUUGCCAGAUUGUACAAGACGGGAUUGUUUACAGAGGAGUUAUUUGCAAAGAACAUCCUACAUACUACAGACCGACGUGACGGUGCCGGCUCAGAGGAGACUUGGAAUAAUAACGUGCGCGAGGGUCAAUGGGAUGCCGUCUUCUCCCUUAUGCUGUACUGCUGUUCCGGCUUGGAAAAGCUCCGGGGUUUCCAAUGGGACCGUUGGAAUGGAAUUGGGCCUACAUAUCCCGGUUUCUACUUUUUCACGUUUUUUAUGAGCGGCGUAGCUCUCAGUAAAGCUCCAGGACGCGUUCACCCCCAAAUGCCCGGCCCCGUACCAAUCCUCCCACACUAUCGUCAUGCGCACCUCUCGCUCGAGACCAAAAGCCCAGGCCGGCCCAUCCUACUACAGUCGCUCACACCUUUCCUUUACUCAUCAGUUAUCGAACUCGUCGGAGUCGAUCCAAAGAUUGAGGCUGGCGGUACUGAGCGCCAUAGACUCUGGGGAAAUUUGCAGUUUUUCUUCAAAAGGCUUGUGAUAAAACAGAGUAUGGUGUCAGCGGAUACGUUGCGGUACCUACUGGAUUCCUGCGAGGUGCUUGAGGAAUUUAUACUUGAGUACGGGAUUGGAGAUAAGAAAUACCAUAUGUUCGGAAACAUGGGGAUGAUGGUAUAUAAUAAAGGGCCUUUGCCUAAGAGUUUGCUGAGGUCAAAGAAGACAUUGACUAGGUUAGAACUGGCUCGAGGAUUUAAUACCUUAUAUUACCAGAACUACAGCCAUAUCGACCAGACGCUGGGAUCUCUGAAGGACUUUGAAUCACUCACCCAUUUGACCGUCAAGUUGGAGCUUUUGAUCUGGGAUGGGAAGCCUAUCAAACACUCGAGCCUAUGCGAUAUCAUGCCUAGGUCCCUUGGGUUCCUUUCGAUAGCUACGGAGGAUAUCCUAGCUUCGGCCGAUUUGCGAUUGUUCAUAGACACGGUGUCGAGAAAAGAGACGUCACUUCUGCGGAACAUGCAGCACUUUGAAGAGUUGGUGUUGAAAAAAGAGGGCUGCGUUCCGAACCUGCGGCAUCUCGUCCUUGACGGGAUACAGCGGGAGACGGCAGAUAGCAGCUCUCUGACAAUCUUGAAACGGGCAUGUGCAACCUAUAAUGUUCAGCUUUCCAUUGUUCUUCACCACGGAUAUUAUAUUGCGCCAGGCGAGCCGGCAAUGAGCAGUGAACGGGUGAGCUUCUAGAUAUUUAUGAUUCUGCGUACAAAAUCCAAAUCACCGUUCCAAAGACAUAUAAGGUACCAAUUAUGGACGUACACCGUUGAUAUAAUAUGAAAGCAUACAAAGAGGGAUAUCACUGGCUGAUAUAUGCACUUGCCUUCUCAGAUAUUAAUUUUGUCAUGAUUUGUGUUUAAAGCUGCCAGUCGGAGAAUAUCGUCCAAAUUGCACAUUCUGCCCGUUUGCUUCUGUCCUUAGCUGCAAGCACAUCUGUACCGAAAUAGAUAUACAACAUUUCACGGAC